AUGACCAUUUAUUACAAUGAUGAUUCUGGGGAAGAACAAAAAUUUAGAUCAAGAAAACUAAAGCAAUUAGAAACCGAAGAGGCUGAGGAAGAUGAUGAAGAUUACGUCAUUGAUGACUUGGUAGAUGAUCUGAAGAAGAAGCAAUUAGAUUCUGCCGAUCAGGACGAGGAAGAUGAUUUGAAUAAUGAAGAAGGCAAAGAAUCCAAAAAACUGAAACAGUUAGAGGUAGAAGAAGGAGACGAGCAGUCUAAUGAAGAUGAAGAGACGGAUGAUUCUAAUGAUGAUGAGGAACCCAUUAAGAUUCUUCUUCGUAUAAAGGCGUUUAAUAAUAAAAAAAAUCGCAUUAAAUUUUAG